AUGAAAGAGGAAGACCGCGAAAAUGUAUUAGAGAGAUGUCGGUUUUUCGAGGAAGAUUGCGGGAAAGGUGGAAUGUUCGGGAUAAGGGGCAACUUCCCCGCCGUGGUCGCCUUGCUGGCGGAGAAAGGCGCCAACGUGAACGCGGCCGCCAAGGACGGGGACACCCCUCUGCUGCACGCCACCAAGCACGGAAGGGUCGCCAUCAUCGCCUGCCUCUUGGAGAAGGGUGCCGACGUGAACGCGGCCGGCCGAGACGGCGAGACUCCGCUCCUGAGCGCCGCCAAGCAAGGAAACGCCGAAGUGGCGGCUCGUCUUCUGGAGAGAGGCGCCAACGUGGACGCAGCCGACAGGACGGGGGACACCCCUCUGCUGAUCGCGGUCAGGGCUGAGGACAGAGACUUGGCGAGGCUGCUGUUGAAGCACAAGGCGUCUCUUGUGAAGCGGAAUAAGAAGGGUGAAUCGGCGCUGGUGGUCGCCUGCAGGGAAGGUUUCGUGGACUUGGCGGAAGACAUACUGCGGGCGUCUGGGGUGGUGGAGCUGCUGGCGGCGCGGGCGCGCGCGCUGGCGGCGGGCGCGGCCGGGGAGGCGGCGCUGCGGGCGGCGGCGCGCGACGGGCGGCUGGCGGCGCUGCGGGCGCUGCUGCGGGCCGGCGUGCGCCCCGACGCCUCCACCGCCUCCACCGCCACG